AUGAAGCACUGGACGGUUCACACCGGGGAAAAACCAUAUAAAUGCCCACAGGGUGGAGAGAGCUUCCGUCAGAAGGACAAACUGACUACGCACCAGCGAAUCCACACAGGAGAGAAACCGUACCUGUGCAUGCAGUGUGGGAAGAGCUUCAGUUCCAACUCAAACCUUACACUACAUAAAAGGAUUCACACAGGGGAGAAACCAUAUAAAUGCCCACAGUGUGGAAAGAGCUUCAGCACUCGUUCAAACCUUCAACGACAUCACAGAAUCCACACCGGGGAGAAACCAUAUGAAUGCCCCGAGUGCGGCAGGGGCUUUGUGAAUAAUCCUGAUCUUACAAGACACCAAAGGCUCCACACAGGAGAGAGACCUUUUAAAUGCGCUCAGUGUGGGAAACGGUUCAAUCAGAAGGAUGAAUUGACCAUACAUCAAAGAAUCCACACAGGGGAAAAACCUUUCAUUUGCUCAGUGUGUGGAAAGCGGUUCCGUGCGAAGAGUUCACUUUCUAUACACCAGCAGAUUCACACUGGGGAGAAGCCCUUCAAAUGCUCCGAAUGUGGAAAGAGCUUCCUUAACAACAGAGGCCUUAUGAGGCAUCAGAGAAGCCACACCGGGGAGAAGCCUUUUACGUGUUUGGAGUGCAAUAAGAGCUUUUCUGAAAACUCAGACUUAAAGAAACACUUGAGAAUCCACAGUGGGGAGAGACCUUUUACGUGUUUGAACGAGUGCGGGAAAAGCUUCACUCAGUUUAAGAACCUAAUUUCACCACAAAGGUUCUAUACAGGGGAGAAACCAUACAACUGUGCAGAGUGUGGGAAGAGCUUCAAACGAAAGGCACACCUGGACUCCCACCAAACGGUCCACACAGGGGAAAAGCCAUAUAAAUGUUCAGAGUGUGGGAAGUGCUUCAUUCAGAAGUCACGUCUUACUUCCCAUCAAAGAAUUCACAGAGGGGAGAAAUUCCACAAAUGCCUCGAGUGUGGAAAGGGCUUCACUCAGGGGCAGGAACUGGGAGCUCAGCUGAAAGCUCCUCAUUGGCUGCAAGUCUGA